AACACAACAAAGAUGGCGGCUGAGUCUUGGUCACCAUAGCGACUAUCCACCUUAUUUUGUGCCAAUUUGCAGCGUAUUUGCAAGUGUUUGAGGAUGACCUUGUACGUGAUGAUAACCAAGGUACAGCGAUGACUCUUCUUAUCCUAACAGUGUGCUUGCUGACGGGGUGCUGGGUGUCAGGAGCACCCAGUAUACCCUACCUGAGGGAGUCCAGACGGCUCUACACUGAGACCAUAGCCACCUCCGUCAUCAGCAGUGCCCCGCCGGGAGCCAGGCUCUUCAGCGCUAAGGGAGACCUGCCUCCUCUUAUUAACAGACUCAUCCAGAAUGCCACCAACAUUAGGAGGAAUAUCGUUGACACUUUCCGCUGUGAUGGAAGGGUGUAUGGCUAUUAUGCCGACCAGGAUAACGAGUGCCAAAUAUUCCAUAUCUGUGUACCCAUGGAGCAGUUGUUUCCGGACCUGUAUGAUGCCCACGACAUCUACCAGUUCUCCUUCAUCUGUCCGGCCUACACCAUCUUCACACAGGAUGCCAUGGUGUGUGCCUGGGUAGAUAUGGCGUUCCCAUGCUCCGAGGCCCACCUCCUCUACGACCGCAACAAUCACUUCUUCGUGGUGCCCGCAGAAGAGGUCUACCGGGAGAAUUCCGUAACAACCACAGCAUUAGUGUCUACACCUGAGCCGGUGCUGUUGCGGACAGCAUCGGUGCCAUCGUCGACUCUGUCCACAACAGAGUUACCCAAGCCACUGACACCAGAAACACUACUCCCUGAGGCAUUGCCACCUGAAACACCACAGCCUGAAACACAAUUGCCACCUAAAACACCACAGCCUGAAACACAAUUGCCAUCUAAAACACCACAGCCUGAAACACAAUUGCCACCUAAAACACCACAGCCUGAAACACUACAACCUGAAACACAAUUGCCACCUGAAACACAGCUACAAUAACCAAGACAAACAAUGUUGCUUUCAUUUUCUUGUAGCUUCCAUUUCCUUAAUUUCUUAUUUAACCUGAGUCAUUCAGGUCUUUUGGUAACUGCACAAAGUGCAGACCUUUAGUAAUAAGAAUUAUGGGCAUUAUAGUUAUACAGACCUGAGUGUUGCACUCUUGGGGCAUUAAUCAGUGUGUUUAUGCUGAGUAAUUUGAGACCAUUAUUGGCAAUGAGUGUUAUAGUAUUGCAAGUGCCAGUGAAUAACAUAUAAGUGUUAGUAUGUACCUGAUAACACUUGAGCUUGGGAAUGCAGUGUUCCAAUCUCUUUACUUAUCAUAAUGCACUUCUUUUACUAAUACGUGCCAAAAAACUACAUGCGAAGAUACUGUAUUCGCACACAAAAUAAAGUUGUAUGGUUUACUAAGAUAAAAUACUUUAUUUCAGCAUGAUACAAUGUUUGUACAUUUAGGCGUGUACACAGAAAGCCCCUUAAUAUGCAGAGCAUUUCAAGCAAACUUAAGACUAACUUAAGAUUAAUAAAUUAAUGACAAAAUGACUAGUUUUAUAUACAGUCUCAUAGGCAGUUGUAAAUAUAAAUUUAGGGGCUACAAUGAAUACAUGAGAACUGAAUAUCCCAUUAGCACAUGCUGUAUGGCUUUGCACUGCUAUAUGGCUUUGCUCUGCAUUACAUUUCUAAAUUUAUUGCAGUACUAAAUAAACCAUGCAACUUUAAUAUUUGUUAUAUGUUAUUUGUUAUACCUUGUCUGUUAAUGGUUUGAAGAAUAAUUUUUCCAGUGGCCUAGUUGCAGACCAGGCCUCGUGAAUUGGAAAGGCAAUAUUAGAGGAAUAAGAGCUACUAGGAAACAUGUACACAAAGAUGAAGAUAUGUGUAAACUGAGUGCUGGUAGAAGUUUGUGAGAUUUACCUGUCAUCUGAGAAGUUCAGGAGACAGUGCUAUUUGAAUCUACCUGGAGGGAGGGAGUCUACCUAGCUGGAGGGAGUUCUGGGGGGUCAAUGCCCCUGUAGUCCAGUCCAUAACCAGGCCUCAGUAUUUAAUUGGCUUCUAUUUCCACACUCAUAAUGCUUCCCUGAGUGGUGGUUGUUGUCUGCCAAUCUGCUGCUGCUGCUGCCGUCUACAGUAAAGCAAAAAUAAUCAAAAUCACACUAAAUAUAUGCACAUGUUAUUAUAUUCACAAAGAUGUGCCAGAUCCAUGUGGUCUUUAAAGUGGCAAUGUAAUGUUGUGUGUCUGUGACAGGCACUUCAUAUGUGCAUGAUGUGACAGGCACGUCAUGUGUAGACAUAUGUGACAGGCACAUCAUGUGUAUAUGAUGUGACAUACAUGUCAUGUGUACAGGUAUAUGACAGGCACUUCAUCAUGUAUACACAUGUGACAGGCACUUUGUCACGUACACUUUUCAUUUAUAAUUUAUAGUUAUUGUAUGUAUUAACAUAAUGUUAAUAUUGGUUAUCAUAAUAGGAAUAUAGUGUAUGUACCAGUACAGGUCGGCCAUCACUAAUCUGGCAGUCAGUUAUUCGGUUCCAUCAGUAAUCUGGCAUGAAUUUCGGCUAGCAUAAUUUCAAAUUUCAUCAUUACACUGACUCAGAAAUUGUGCAGACACUUGUAAAUCCACAGCAUCAAGCCAGUGGAGGAGAAAGCAGUGAUGAAAAUGAGGAAGAUGUAGCAGAAAAAAUCUCUGUUGAUAGGCUAAUUAAGUGUAUUCUAACCUAACCACUCUGUAAUCCGGCAAACUCACUAAUCCGGCACACUACAGGUCCCAAUGAUGCCGGAUUAGUGAUGGCCAACCUGUACUGUAUAACUAUAAGGAUUCUUCUAUAUUCUCUUUUCUGUGCAAAUGCUGUAUUAUAAUUUUAAAUUAAUUAUUAUACAUGUAUUUAGUGGAAAGUGCUAAACCUAUGGGUUUCAUACAGCACUUGGAGAAAUGAGGCAGUCGUGUUUUAUCUAAGGAAAAGGACGAUAGAUUCAAUUCCUUGGAUGAAGAGCCCCUUGCCUGCAUCAAGGAACCUUCCCUGAGGGAAAUGGAGGAUAAGCAUAAAAUAUGGGGUUAUAUGUAUGAGCCAAUUCAUUAUACAGUACAGUAUAUGAAAAUGGAGUAACAGGCAAUGAAUAAAUUAAGACAUAUAAUAAGAAGUUAGAGCAGAGGUUGUUAUAUUGCCAAGUGUCUUAAGAGAGAUAAGUUGCAGAAAAUAAGGCUAAGAAAUAUAAGUUAACAAACACACUAGGAGCUAAAGAUCAGCAAUUUAGGUAUCCCUGAUGUUGUAUUGUAACACUGACAAGCAGAUAUAUAAACCACACUGGAGCCUUUCAGAUUUAGUGCUUAGUUUGAUUAUAAUAUAAACCACACUUGGGCCUUUCUGGUUUAGUGCUUAGUUUGAUUUUUUUUUUUUAACACGUCAAGCCGCUUUCCACCAAGGCAGGGUAUAAUGUAUUAUGGAUAAUGUAUAAUGAAUUGUUUAUUAUAAUUCACACUAUAUGCCUACACACCCUAGGCCUACAUAUGAUCAUCUCAGGAAGACGUGCCUGGUGCUGCUGCAGAGAUUGCCAGGUCGUGCAGACAAACAUUUCAUAAUUGUUUCAUUAAUCAAAGAGCAUGCCACCUUCACUUCAAAGGCUUCCUUCUAUGCUGUGAUGCUGACUUUGUCUGCCCUUCUCUGUGGCAAUCCAACUUUUAAUGCAGAUUUACUCUGUAGGUCUUAACUGAUGACGAUAUGUUACAUCACUGACAAGUCUUAUGUAUGGCAGUAGUGUGCCUUGUGUGUAUAUGUAAUUGUGUGUGUAUGGCAAUAGUAAUCACCAUAAGAAAAAACUGCAAUAUCCUCCUAAACGAUGCAACAAGUAGAACUGAUUAUUAUAAUACUGCAUUUGCAAAAAAAAUGUUAAACCAACUGGGAUAAUUCAGUGCUAUCAAACAAUGUUAAAUAUACUGUAUAUGUCGAUAUAUUAUUUUAACACUUGGCAUCUUCCAUGGAAGCAGGGUAGCCUGAAAAAAAAAAAAGAAAUGAAAGUUUUUCUUCUUUUUACAUUUAGUAAUUUAUACAAAAGAAGGGGUUACUAGCACCUUGCUCCCAGCAUUUUAGUCACCUCUUAUGACAUACAUGGCUUACAGAGGAAGGCUUCUCCACUUCCCUGUGGAGAUGUGUUGAUAUAUAUAUAUAUAUAUAUUAUAUGGCUUGACAAUUAACAAUCUAAAGAUAUAUCAAAGCUUUCAUUUUCCACAAACUUCAGUGCUAGAUAUCUAUCUAAUUCUUGGCUUACAAGCACAAGAUGUAUGGCGAGUUGAAUAUUGCUGUACUGUACACAACACGAGCAUGCCAAAUGUAAACAAGGAAUUAUAAAACAUCGACACCAUUACAAAAUAUAUUUUGCAAUAUACAGUAUAUAUAAACAACUGGUAAGUGGAAAUUACACCCUUGUCUAGCUUAGCUUACAUUCAUAAUUCAAUUAAGCUUUGUUUCUUUAAAUACAGUAAUGUAAUUAAUUUUAAUAAAAGAAUAACACAAAAACAUAAAAAUACUGAGUGUCCCCUAUCAGAUCCAGGAGAGGUAGCACACAAGUGACAAUUUGUAUUAUAUUACAUCUUUAGUAGUGUAUAUACCAAAAACAGUAGAUUAUCAGUCGCACGGGUCAUUGUAACCCUUUAGAUGGUUAUAACCACAAGUGCCACUGUAACACUGACUGGCACCAGUGUCAGUGGUUACUGUUUGGCUAAACUCUGUGUCCUAAGUGCAGCUAAUAAUUAAAUCAUGGGGAGUGAAGAAUGUAAAACAAUGAACAAUGUUCUUACAUACACUAUGACAAUAGUAUAUAAUAAUCAGCUCAGUAAGACAUAAUGAAUCUGAAUUUUCAAAAAAAAAAAAAUAA